AUGUCAGGAGCAGUAAUAGAGAACAUGAGCACUAAGAAAUUGUUUUUCUUGGGAUUUUUUAUUCUUGGUUUCCAAGUUCUUUCCAUCAUGGUUGGGGCAUUAAUUGCUCCCAGUCCCACCAGUGCCAUUCGCUACUUGGCCACUAAAUGUAUAAAUCGCAAUAGGGUGCAUGGCUGGCUCAUGCCGUGGGGAUCGAACCGUUGCCAGCAGGUCAAUAGUUUUGACGAGCCUCUGGCAAAAACACUGGAUGCCAACGACAUCGUUUUCGCUGUGCACAUACCCCUCCCCAACACCCAGAUGAGCCCCUGGUUCCAGUUCAUGCUGGCUGUUCUGCAGUUUGACAUUGCAUUUAAAAUGAUCAAUCAGAUUGAAGAGGACGUCAUCAUCACUAUUGAUGCUGGCCUGGCACACAGGGAUGAUCUGAAAUCUGAGUGGACCACAGCGCGCCACUCAGUGGAGCAGAGGCCCCUCAGGUGCACGUUUUCAGUCCCUAAGACUUAUGAAAACGAAGGACGCUUUUAUCACUGUGACCCCAUACCAAUCAUGCAACUGGGAAGUGUGGCCCACAAAUAUUUCUUGAUCAACCUUCGCUUGCCGGUAAAUGACACAGUAAAUGUUGGAAUUGGAGAAAUAAAAGACAUCAAUCUCGUGGGCAUCCACCAGAAUGGAGGUUUUACUAAAGUGUGGAUCAGCAUGAAGACAGUGUUCACUCCCUGGAUAUUGGUGGCAUCCGUUUGGUACUGGCACAGGAUCGGUCUCCUGGCGAGACCUCCAGUCCUUCUGGAAAAGGUGAUUCUGGCUCUGGGCGUCUCCAUGACGAUCCUGAAUGUUCCGGUGGAGUGGCUGUCUCUGGGCUGUGAUUGGACCUGGAUGCUGCUGUUAGAAGACGCUCAACAGGGCGUCUUCUACACCACUCUCUUCUGUUUCUGGAUCAUCUUCUGUGGUGAACACCUCAUGGACCAGAGUCAGAGGAACCGUCUGUCGGCGUACUGGUGGCAGGUCGGGCUGGUGAUGUUCGGCUCAUCCAUUCUCCUCGCAUUUGACCUGAGUGAAAGGGGGAUUCAUUUGAACAACCCUUUCUACAGUGUUUGGGCAUCAGAAAUCGGGACGAAUAUUUCAAUAACCUUCAUCCUCAUGGCAGGGACUUCUGUUUGUCUGUAUUUCCUCUCUUUGUGUGGCAUGGUGCGUUGUGUGUUCAGGAACAUUGGCGGGAAGAUACAGCAACUUCCUGCAAUGCCCGAGGCUAGGAGACUGCGAUAUAAGGGUAUGAUCUUCAGGUUCAAGUUUUUGAUGCUGGUAACUCUAGCAUGUGCAGCCAUGACGGUUAUCUUCUUCAUCCUCAAUCAAGUUAGUGAUGGGCACUGGCUCUGGGGGGCCUACACACUGCAGGUCCACAGUGCUUUCCUCACAGGAGUCUACGGCAUGUGGAACCUGUAUGUUUUCACCAUCAUCUUCCUCUAUGCACCCUCUCACAAGCACAAAAGAAACAUUUCAGGAGACAUUCAACAAACAGAUUUACUGGAGAAGCCAGAGAGCCAGGAGACCCAGCUGAACGGUGGAGAGCCGGGGCCCACAGAGACAUACAGGAUCACGGGGAAGGUGGCGCAGGAAUAA